CGCAAGUAAUUAGGACUCUUACGCGGCACAUUAUGGUCGGCAUCGGACCGCCAUUCAACGACGAGAAAAUGGUUUAUCCAGCACGCUUUCAGGCGCCACAAGCGAACGCGCUGCAGCUGUCCUACUCACCGCAGCACUCGCCGGUGCCGGAGAAGCCGCGCAUGAUCCUACAGCUGCCUUCGUGGAAGACCAUACGGCGCACGGCUGGCGAGUUCAGCGCCUCCGCCUGGGAGCUGGCCUUCCGCUUCGGUCAGAGCACGACAAUACACGGCGUCAAUCGGUUGUUCAACAGGCGCGCCGGGAAGUACGAGCGCUGCGUCUGGUUCCUAACCGUCAUGCUGGCACUACUCGGUGCCAUUUACGUCAGUCAUUUACUCUCCGAGCGCUUCACUGAAGGCCGCCUGGAGACUGUGGUGGACAGCACGCGUUGGCCCGUCUAUCACAUACGCUUUCCGGUGGUGUCCAUUUGCAAUGUGAACCAGCUGAAUUGGCAGCGGCUGGAUGAGGCCAAGCAGCGUUAUCUCAAACCCGAUGUGACGCCGGAAAAUGAAGAACUCUUCGAGCUGCUCAUGGCCAGUUUUGAUAGCGUAAAAUUUGCGGGUUUUCAGAGCUUUAUGAACUUUCAAAACAUCUCCGUCGAUGCGCUGAAUUAUGUCAACUUUACUGAAGUUAUGGUCUUCAUGACUUGGCGUUGCGAGGAGUUCUUGAGCCGCUGUGUAUGGAAUCAUUUUCCCAUGAACUGUUGUGAUAUCUUCUCCUUGCGACGCAGCAAAAAUGGUCUUUGUUGGUCUUUCAACACAUUGGAAACAGAUGAGGGGCGUCAGCGGCAAAAGGUAGACACACUGUGGCCUUGGCAUACCGGCGCCGCUGGUCCGGGUAGUGGACUCAUCGUACGAGUAAAUGUCAAUCCAGAGAAACAUUAUCCGAGAAGCAUCAACGAGAAAGGUGUAAAUGUUAUGAUCGCCGAGCCAAGUGUGUGGCACAAGGAUCCCAUGAACGUACCGGAAAACACGCACACAAUGAUCGAAGUGGAGCCCGUCGUGUAUUUCUAUGACAAUAACACGCGUGGAUUAGGCUCUAAAUUAAGAGAGUGCAUUUUCGAUGACGAAGGGAACGCAAAGGAUUUUCGCACACUUCAUGGUUACGUUUAUAUGAUUGAAAAUUGCCAAUCGGAGUGCCAUCAACAGUACUUGGUGAAAUUUUGUAAUUGCACAUUGGAUUUGCUAUUUCCACCUGGACCCUACCCCAGCUGUCAGGCGAAGGACCUGUUGUGUUUGGCGAAGAAUAACGAUCGCUUUGUAUACUCUCAUCGCGAAGAGGAAGAGUUGUACGUGCGCAACUAUCAUGAGGGCAUGGUUUGUGAGUGUUUCCGCAAUUGCUACUCGCUCAACUAUAUGGCGGAUGCGCGUCCAUCAUUCCUAUCGCCGGAAACGCGCGGCAAUCACUCAUAUGUUGAUUUGGAUAUACAUUUCCGUUUCGAGACAAUGAUGGUUUAUCGCACGAGUUUAAUCUUCGGUUGGGUGGACUUGAUGGUCGCCUUCGGUGGCAUUGCUGGGCUCUUUCUCGGCUGCUCGCUCAUUAGCACCAUGGAGCUGGCUUACUUUCUGCUCGUCGAUCUGCCCACCUUUGUGCUGCAAAAAUAUCGCAGCAAUAAAAGUAAAAUGCAGCAAAAUGAGCAACGGCCAGGCGUUGGACCCAUGCAACAGUUACAAGUAAAAAAUAAUAAUUUGAAGCAAAUGCAACAAUUCAAUAUGAAAAGCCAGCUAAUACAACCACAAAGCUACGAGAGUCUAUACAAUAAUACCAAAUUGAACAGAAAACUGCCGCUUAUCACCGACUGGCAGGCGCCACAAAUCGCUAAAAUACACUACUAGCGCAGCUUAUAUAGAAAAUAAAUGGAAUUAAUCCACAAAAAGUAUAUAAAUGUUAUUAUGAUAUAAAAAAUAGAAAUUAAUAUU